GGUCAGUAUAAGGCAGGGUCAGGAGUCCGCGUGGGUGUGUCCUGUGUCCGGACCAAUAGCAAACACUUUGGGAACAGGCUCCGCCUACUGCCUCUGUCGUCCUGGUUACCACAGAGCAAGUUCCGACCCCACACACACACCCUGCACACACCCCCCCUCGGCGCCCCGCUCCAUUGUGACCCAGAUCAACGACACCAUGGUGACGCUAGAGUGGUCGGAGCCUUUGGAACACGGUGGCCGUGGAGACCUGACCUACAGCGUGGGGUGUGUCCGCUGCGGCGCCUCCUCUCAGAGGGCGUGUCUUCCCUGUGAAGAGGGCGUGUCCUAUCGCCCCAGCCAGCACGGCCUAUCACAGCGCAGGGUGGUCAUCCGCGGGCUCCUCCCACACACCACCUACACCUUCACGGUUCAAUCGGAGAACGGCGUUUCACAGCUCAGCCUAUCGGAACCCUCCGUGGAAAGGGUCAAUAUCACCACCAGCCGAGACG